UUUUAUCAUACCAUAUUUUGUAGAGUGGAAUUAUGAUCGUUGUCAGAAAUGAGAAAUGUGCAAAUUAAUGUGUAAUAAUGGCUUAUAACUACGUCGUUACUGCUCAGAAACCAACUGCAGUAUCUGCUGCAGUGGUUGGUCAUUUUACUGGAGAAAAAGAUUUAAAUCUUAUUAUUGCAAAAAAUACACGUCUUGAAAUUCAUCUCGUGACUCCAGAGGGAUUGAAACCUCUGUUAGAUGUUGGUAUAUAUGGCAAGCUAGCAUGUAUGCAUCUUUUCCGUCCAAAGGUUAGUUUAUAUCAACGAUAUAAUGUUUGUAUUGGGAUAUUUGUAAAAUGUAAAAUUGCAUUUGAUACACAUGUAUCAUGUGAAUUUAUACAGUCUAACACAGGAUCAGGGGUUGACGUUGACUAGCUUAGUUAAUAGGAGUAUUAAACCUGCGAUCAGGCCAUAAAUAAAUAAAUAGGCCUGAUACAAACCUUAACAAAAGUCCAUGCUGUACAACCAUAUUUCAGUUGUAAAUUUGAUUAAUCUGUCAUUUGAUUGGUUGGUGCUAAUUAGAUUAUAUAUACUAUUGUUGUUGAUAUAUUUUGUAGUGAUCACAACUAUAAUUAGAUUGUUGUUGUCGUUGUGUGAAAUUUAAAUGUCUCCUGCGACAUUUUGAUUGGAUACUAAAUAUAAACUUUGCUGUGGGUGGAAAGCGAUUGGAUUAAGGUUUGUAUCAGGCUAUUAUUUGUAAAAUAGAGCCUGAUACUCAGGUUAAGUUAAGUUCGUUGUACUUGUGGGUAGGGGUGUGUGAAACCGAUCCGAGAUUGGGAUCGGAUUCAGACAGAAUUUUACAUGUCCGGAUCAGAUUGGGUAUUUUUGUUUUUCUGUCGGAUCAGAUUUUGGUGUUUUUUUGUCGGAUGAUUCAAAUUUAUUUUAAUUUGUUACUGGCUAUGUGUCAGAUUUUGUUAUUAAUAAUAAUAAUAUUUAAUAUUUAUAUUGUGCAAAUUAACAUGUUUAUAGUAUAUGAUCAAAUGCGCAACGACAACGUUCAUACUAAGACAACGUUCAUACUACGCCGGAGUGCAAUAAUGCCUCCAGAAUUUACAUGUGUUUGCAAAUUAAAUUGGCACUCAUGUAAACCCAAAAUAUUUCAAAUAGAGCAAAGACAUUUACUGUCGAUGCAAUGGAAGUGUUGAUAAAAUAUUGCACCAAUUCCUUCCUCAAGUUGAUCAAUUCAUUUGAUAGAAAAUUGAUCAACUUCCUGUUACUUUUAAAUGAGCCAAUUAGAUUUUGUUUCAGAACUGAGUGACCAAUAGCAAACGCCCAGGAAGUAAAAAGAAAUUUGAAUUCGUAUGAAUUGAUCAACUUGAGGAAAUGAAUUCAUGCAAUAUUUUAUCAACACUUCCAUUGCAUCGACAGUAAACAAAAAGUAUACAAAUUUACUGUUUUGAGACAAGAGAUGCUUGGUUUGCAAGUGGUACAAAAAAGUAACUGCGUUUGUGUUCACACGAAGCUGCCAAGCGCUCUGUUUUCAUCUUGCUCUGUUUAGAAACCGUGCUCAAAUUGUUAAGGCAAAACUGAUGUUUUCAAACAAUUUCGCUCCAGUGUAGUGUGAACGCGACGGCUGAUUGUGACUUUUCGUUGCUGUUUACAAACCACUCUGGCGUAGUAGACUGUUCGGUAUACCGAUAUACCGAAAAUAUCGGUAUUAAAUCAAUAUCGGUAUAUUGAUACCGGAUAUUCAACCAUACCGAUAUACCAAAAUUUUGGAUAUACCGGAAUUUUUCGGUAUACCAUGUUAAAUUUACCAACUAUAUGGCAAAACCAUAACCUUUAUUUUACUACUGAAUGGCAAUUCAAAGAACUUUCUACUGCAAUGAUUUAGAAUUUCCACUGAGUACGAAAUUACACUGAGUACGUUCAUGUCGUUCGAAACAGCUUCGAAAUUAUCGUUUUCCCUUUUAGAAUUACUGCUUUUACUAAGGAGAACCGGUAUACCGAUAAUAUCAGUAUAAUUUUUCCGGUAUACCGAUACCGGAAAUUUCUCCUACCGAACAUUCCUAUGGCGUAGUGUGAACGUAGUCUAAAUGUCAUUAAUUAAACUUGCAAAAAAUGUUUUCAUCACAUCAUCCCACAUGCAUCUAUGUGUGUUCACUUGAUGCAAACCUUUGAUUUUGAAGGAUUAUAAAAUUUGUUUUGUGAGUAAGUCAUUGUGUAUUAAUUGCCAGGCUAAGGGUGAAUUGCUGAUAUUUUUUUGAAAUACUUACAGAAAGUACAAUUUAAUUUAAACCCAGUUUAGCACCAGGUUUGAAUGUAUUGGUCCUAUACUGGUGUACUGCAUUCUAAAUAACCUUCUGAAUAGAGCUGUGCAGUUAACCGAAGAAUUCGGUUCUUCCGGUACUUUUUUUAGCACCGAAAAAUUAUACGUAAAAGAACCAGUAGUUUCUGUUUUAAUUCCUGUUUAAUGCCCGCCAAACACCCACCUGAUUGCAGGUCGAAAUGUUUGGAAAACAACAAGAUUGUGCUCUUUGUGCACAAUAUGCACUGUACUAACCACUAAGUGCUCGAAUAGUUGAUAUUUUAGUUGUGAUAGUUAUUGUUGUGCACUUGCUUUUUAAAAAGAAAUAUUUCAUGCUCAUAAAUAAAUUCCAAUUGUUCUUUUAAAAUAUUCAGAGAUUUAUACACACUUACAAAGGCAUAAAUUCAUCUACUGUAUUGAGUGAAAAUGCUUGAAACAUACAGUACAUAAAUGAGUUCAUACAUUUGUACUGUUCUUCUUUUUUGAAAAUAACCGAACCGAGGUUUUUCUGUUCCAAAAAAACCGGAACCAAGAUAAAAUUUUUGGAACCGCACAGCUCUACUUCUGAAUACUUUGUUGUACUAGUAUAUACUGUAGUGAAGGGGCAUGAAUUUGGUCCUGUUUCUAACUUUAUCCAAACCUUACUAAAGGUUAUGCAGUCCAGUAAAGCUUUUGCAAGUUGUGAUCUUACACAUUUCUGUGAGGAUCACACCAGUGGUACACAGAAAGUGCCCCAGUGGAAACUAAAAGUUUCAUUAUUUACAUAUUACACUCUAAGUGUAUUUUACAUAUUUACUGUGUAAUAACAAAGUUAAGGGGAUUUGAUUUAUUUGAAUACAUUUAUGUACAGUACCAGUAGUCGGUAUGUGAUGAUACACUUCCCAAAACGGAUCUGUACCAGAUGUAUAUAGAUCUUGGAGUUGAGUUUCAUUCAAUUAGAUGCAUUUCACAUUUGAUAUUUACUGCGGCAUUGAACACAGCUGGUUUCUGUUUUUGCAGGUACCCAUGGAGGAUAUAUCUGUCUCACUUACAAAUAACAAUUAUUAUUAGACAUUGUAGUUGGUAAAAGCAAUUUGAUUGGCUAGGAGCUUACAGUUAAAUCGCGCAAUCACGCAACCUACACAAAAUUCAGUUAUCUGCUAGCAGAUAACUCAGUUAUCUGCUAGCAGAUAACUGAAUUUUGUGUAGGUUGCGUGAAAUUGAAUGAGUGUACAUUUCAAAUGAGUGUACAUUUCAAUUUUCGAAUGAAUGUACAUUUCAUAAUUGUAAAGUUUACUUUAACAAGUAAAUAUUUUAAUACGUUAACAUCUUAACGAUAAUAUGUUUCUUUUAUAUUUGUAAUUAAUUUAACUGUUGGACUUCUGAAGACUUGUUUAUAGAAACGUUUUACUUGAACAGCUUUGCCAGAAAUCAUAUUGAAUAUAACGCUUACCGAGACCUUGAUAAUUUUGCAUAUCGCAAAAACCGAAUUCAAUUAAUUGUUUUAUUAUACAUUUGAAGAAUAAUAAACAUAGUAUUAAAAUACUAAUGUUUAUUAUUCUUCAAAUGUAUAAUAAAACAAUUAUUGAAUUCGGUUUUUGCGAUAUGCAAAAUUAUCAAGGUCUCGGUAAGCGUUAUCAGCCUCGCCUUCGGCUCGGCUGAUAACGCUUACCUCGACCUUGAUAAUUCCGCAUAUCACAAAAACCUCAUCCAAUAAUUGUUAAUUAUUAGACCUAGAAUUUUUAUCAACUACAAGUACAGUUAUUAAGUAGUUAACUAAUGUACUUGUAAAUAAAUGUUUCUAGGGUGAAUCGCAAGAUCUCUUGUUUAUCCUGACAUGCAGAUAUAGAGCAUUCAUUUUGAGUUAUAGACCAGGUUCAGGAGAUAUUAUCACUAGAGCUUAUGGUGAUGUACAGGUAAGCAGUGCAUAUUUUAAACAUAUUACAGUGGGAGGCCAAAACCAAAAUUAGAACCCAGUGUGGGCACCCAAAGUAAGAUUUAGGUCACUCAAAGUAAGGUUAGGGUCCAGUCUGACCUGCUAAUAAUUUCUGAAAGCUUUUGAAUGAUAACUGAACAACUGAGUAACAUUGUUGUAGGCUUGUAGCAAUAAUUUUUCAACCAUGAAAGCAUUGAUAGAUUUUAAAUUAAGCCAUAUACUUUUGCAUGAAAUUUAAGGGAUCUGUUAUACUUACUACACCAGAAGACUUCUAAAAUCAACUAACACUUUAUUAGCUAUGCUCUUGGCAUUUUAUUAAAAAAUCUAGAUAGAAAUUUAUAUACAGUGACAUAGUAGAAUUAACAUACACCAGCAUUAUAUACAUAACAUCUCCUCCCAACCAAAACUGAGAGUUCUAUGUUUAUUUUGUAACGACUAUUGUAAGUAACUAAGUAUAUCUAUAUCUACAGGGUGUCUAAAAAAACGCUAUGGAAAUUCAACAGGCUGCCGUGCAUCAUAAACGUGGCUAAACAAAUAAAUUUUUACAUAGGACGAAAGAGCUGUUAUUUAGCUUUUCUAUGAUACCCUUUUUAAACCGUAACGAUGAGAAAUGGCCACAUAUUCGUCAAAUAAAAAUUGCCGGUCGAAAUCACAUUCUUCCACCGUUGGGAAUUGAAAAUACUUUAAUUAAGCAAAAUUAGUAAUUUGUUUCGACGAAGAUUGACGAGUUGAGCUCAUUUUAGGCCCGUUUCAUACGCCGUACUUCACAUGUACCGAAUACAUUAAAAACAAUAGAUAAUGAGGCAUUUCAGCUCAUUAUCUAUUGUCUUAAAUGUAUUCGGCACAUGUGAAGUACGGCGUAUGAAACGGGCCUUAGAUAAUUUAACAUUCAACUUUAAUUCCCUCGUGGGAAUUGUUUAUGUUUCGUUUUCAUGCAAUUCCCAACGGUGGAAGAAUGUGAUUUCGACCGGCAAUUUUUAUUUGACGAGUAUGUGGCCAUUUCUCAUAGAAAAGCUAAAUAUGUCCUAUGUAAAAAUUGAAUUGUUUUGCUAAAUUUAUGAUGCACAACACCCUGUUGAAUUCCCAUAGCGUUUUUUUAGACACCCUAUAUCUAACCUAUUUAAAGUCAAUUGUAAGUCAGUAAUGAAAUUAUACUUCGAUUAAACGUUUCGGUUUCGUACGAAUACGAGUUGGAUACCUGCGAGUACUUGAAAGACUUUAAAGGUUUGCAUUACCGUGCAUGCGUAUUAACAGGUUCCUUUGUUAUCGUUGAUGGUAGUUGUUGUACUGGUGAGGUUUGAGUUGCACUCUGCUCAUUGGGUUACCCUUCAUUACCUAUUAUCUGCCACACUGACUUCUUCUGUCGAAGUGGGAUUUGAGAUAAUACCAUGCAGGUGGUUGUGGCAUAACAUCAGGGAGUGGUGAAAUGACAUCAGCAGUUGUUGAUCCCGCCAGACGUCGUAAUUGCUCAACAUGUCUUUUCCAGAAUAAAUCACCAACCUGAAUUCGAUACGUUAUUGGACUCAACCUCAUUUGAAUCCCUCCAUUUACCCAUGGAUCUCUUUGUGCUCGGUAAUCUUUCACCAUAACUGGAUCUCCAAUGUCAAACGUACGCGGUGGAGAUUGUGGUAGGUCUUUCGAUUUCCUUGCCAUCUUAGCGGACAAACUGGGAUGCAAUAAGUCAAGUUUGGUUCGGAGUCUUCUCCCCAUCAGAAUUUCAGCUGGUGUACAACCAGUAGCUGUAUGUGGAGUCGUGCGAUACCCCAACAGGAAACGUGCUAAUUUCUCUCCUGUAGAUCCUUCUUCAUUCUUACGAAUCUGCAUGGCCUCUUUGAACGUUCUUACCGCUCUUUUGUUUCUCCAUUUGAAGCUCAUUGUCGAAUUCCGUUAAAUUUCAUGAAAUCUUUCAUUUCUUGCACCACAAAUUGCGGACCAUUAUCCGAGACAAUCUCUUCGGGCAGACCAUGAACAGAAAACAGGAAACGUAACGCGAAAAAAAAAACGGGGAAAAAUCGGGAAAAUACUUGAAACUUGCAGAAAUAGUGGUGGCUUACAAACAAUUCGUAUUCAUAUUGGUAUCAAUAUAUCUGAAACGAAAUAGCUUCAAUUCUCAUUAUUAUUAUACAUUUGACAUUUUGAUCAAUUUGAUGGUGUACCUGGCUGAAUGAAAAUGUCAUAAUUAAGUAAAGAAGCAUAGCGGCACAAAGUCACAAAGCCAAGUGUGUUUGAACUAUUUCGAACGAGCUUGGAACAGAUACUGACAUGAAGUAACGUAAACUUCAAAGGUUUUCCAGAGGAACGUUUUCUCGACCAAAAGCCUGCUGUACCCUGGCUUAUUUCAGAUGUGUGUAAAAGCGAAAAUAAGACCGAACUAUUCGUAAUUCGCAACCGAAAUGGCCGCCAUAUUUUUUAUCCAGUGUUUCCACUAUUUUAUGAAAUUUCCUUUAAAUUUUCAUAAGGAAAUUUUCAUUAAAAAACAUCGUUUUUUUCGGGGGUUUUCCAGACGGUUUUCGGUUUUUACCCUGAACCGGCCGACCCUAUUCAGAAGUCCACACAUCAGGGUCUUCCACAAUUUUCCUCAGCAAUCGGGACAACGCAUCGGCGUUGAAGUUCUGUAUUCAAUAUUAUACUGAUACACGCCAAGUUGAAUUGCCCAUCUCUGAAGAUGUGACACUGGAAUCCCUCGUUUAGGCCCUAGAAUCAAGGUAAGAGGUUUGUGGUCUGUGAUUAAGGAAAAACGCCGUCCAUAUGGGUACUGGUGAAAUUUCUUCUAUCCAAAAGUUAUUGCCAGAUCCUCUUUCUCAGUCAUGGAAUAAUUCUGUUCGCUAGUGGAAAGUGUUCGAGAAGCACAAGCUAUGGGUUGUUCUUCUCCAUCAUCAGAUACAGUACAUGAGAUAACACGGCUCCUAUUCCACAGGACGAUGCAUCAGCAGCUAGUCUCACUGGCUUCUUGGAAUCGUAAUGCGUUAAUAAUGGCGAAUUCUCCAAAGCAGCUUUCAAGGUCUCAAAUGAUUUCUGACAGUCGUUGGACCAGCUCCAAGGAACAUCUUGGGAUAGCAAACGAUUCAUAGAAUUUACCAAGGUCGCCAUAUCUGGAAUAAACUUGUGAUAAUAGUUCACUAGGCCGAGAAAUGACUUCAAAUCUGUUGAGUUUUCCGGAACUGAAACUUCCCGAAUGGCUUGGACUUUACGCGGCGAAGGAUGGAUUCCUUGGCGAUCCACCACCAAUGCAAAAUACCCUGUACUACACUGAAGGUUGCAAGAAAACACACUUCGAUUUCUUCAGCUGGAUUCCCAUACUCUGAAGACGAUUCAGAGUUCUAUCGAGAUUUCGCAAAUGUUCGUCAUUCUUGCCCGUAAUAAUCAGAUCAUCUAGGAUACCUCCUACUCCUUGUAGACCAUUCAACACCACGUCCAUAGUCUUUUGGAAAAUGGCUGGACUGGCUGCUACUCCAAAAGGCAAUCUCGUAUACCGAUAUAACCCCCAAAUGAGUGUUAAUGGUAACAUACUGCUUUGAGUCGUCGUCCAAAAGAACUUGUUGAUACGCUGAUGACAGAUCAAUCUCGCCCCCGUUUAGCUGUGUGAAUAGUUCCUCUGCGGCAGGCAUUGGAUCUUCCUGCACGUCGAGAUACGGGUUGAUAGUUACUUUAUAAUCCCCACAGAUCCGUACACUGCCAUCAGGUUUCAAGACAGGCAGGAUUGGAGUCGCCCAUUCGGAGAACUCGACCUUUUCCAAAACCCCGAGUUUCUCUAACUGGUGUAGUUUCUCACUUUUUUGUCUUUCAGAGCAAAUGGAACAGGACUGGGUUUGAAACAUUUUGGCGUAGAAUUCGGCUUCAUUUUCAGAUGUGCCUUACUCCUUUGAUCGUUCCCAACGAAUCAUCAAACAACGACGCAUACUGCGUGGUUAGUUGCUCCACAUCGUUGACAGGCUUCACUAAAACUUUCUUUAUUUGACUCCAAUUCAACUUCAACACCGACAACCAGUUGCGCCCCAGCAACACAACUGAGUCCUUCAUUGUUUGUCACUAUAAUGGGUAGAUGAGCCUUUUGGUUGCCAUACACCACUUGAACACCAAUUUCCCCAAUCACCGAAAUUUCGUGCCCAGAAUAACUUCGUAAUGUAACGUUGGACUUUCGUACUGGUUUUGCCGACAACACGUUUCUCCAAACAUUUUCUGGCAUAAUAGAGAUCGGUUCCCGUGUCCACUUCCAUAUGUACUGGUUUUUCAUCAAUCGACACGAGUACUUUCAGCUCUUUACAUUAUCGCCUCGAAUCAGUCACGGUAAACAGCGGCGAUGAUACCGGUUUUACAACCUCCUCUUGGCUUUCGCUGUCGCUUUCAACGUCGCUAUCUGUCUUAAUGCUAUUAAUUCCGAUUUGUUUCUUUUUCUCUUGUCGUCUUUUCCUUUUGAUUUUCCAAAUCUCGUUUUCUUCGAGUUGUUGUUGUUCGAUCUAUCGGGACAUUUCUUGAGAAUAUGUCCGUAAUUUUGACAACCAUGGUAUUUCGACUUGCGAAAAAAGCCACUUAUUCGGAACAUGAUUCUUCUUGCCACAGCGAAAACACUCAGGUAAAGCUGUUUCGACUCGGUUCAUCGAUUCUCUGUGUAACGCUGAAGUUUUUCUGUCCGUUAAUUCUGCUGCACAAGCUUUUUCCACGGCUAACUUUAAAGUCAAUUCCGCUUUUCUUAACAGCUUGCGUUGAAUCGCCCAAUUUCUUAAUCCACAAACAAAUCUGUCUCGAAUCACUUCGUCUCGAUAGCCACCAAAUUCACAAGUUUCAGCUAGUCUCUGUAGCUUUCCGAGAUAAUCCCUUAUCGAUUCAGAGUGUUCUUGUUCAGCCUUGUGGAACUUACUGUAUAACGUUCGGCAAUGCAUGUAACUAUCGGUUUUGGCUCUAAAUGUUAAUUAAGUCAAAGUGUCUACAAUUUCCUUAUACGUUAGUUCUUUCGGUGUUCUCGGUGCUGUAAUAGAUCUAAGCAAAGCAUAAAUCUUACUACCCAUACUCGAAACUUGUUUUUGCGUGGUACGUUGUUCACUUCGAAAAAUAUUUCAAGCCGCUCAACAUACUGCUUCCAAUCGGUAUUCGGCGAAUAUUCUUCCAUGUGGCCCAUCACCCAUGAACGACAAAUUAAAGCCAAUAUUCGGCUGGGCAGCUUGCCCUUCUUCGUGCUCCAUAAAACAACAAAAUCCUUGUCGCCAAUUGUUAUAUUUACUACACCAGAAGACGUUUAAAAUCAACUAACACUUAAUUAGCUAUGCUCUUGGCAUUUUAUACAAAAAUCUAGACAGAAAUUUAUAUAACAUAAUAGAAUUAACAUACAUGCACCUAAUGACCUAAAUUAACAUUAACCAGCAUUAUAAACAUAACAGGAUCAAGGUUCAAUGUUUAUCAAAGCUGUGAUAAGAGCUUUAUUAUAACAAAUCAUCCCAGUUAACUGGGCCAGCCAACAGGCUGCAUACUGUAUGAAGACCCUAAUGGGUAUUCCCUACAGUUCUUACUUUAUACAGUAGUGCACAAAUGUGGACUGAAGGCCGUUAUUUCUGUUCAGAGAGAAUUGCCCACAGACAUCCCUUCCGUUUGCAAAGUUAAAAUUAUUAUGUACAUUAUCUUCAUAACCAAAACCCCAUUCUUGAGAGAAAUUCUAACUUCCAUAUUUCUUAUGAUUAUAUAAGUUUAUAGACGAACAGUACAUUUGACUGACACGGUUUUGCAAUCAUUUCAGGACAAAAUCGGCAGGCCAUCUGACACAGGGUUGACGGCAAUUAUAGAUCCUGAAUGUCGAAUUAUAGGCUUACGCCUUUAUGACGGUCUGUUUAAAGUUAUUUUACUUGAACUGGAUUCAUCAAAAGAGUUAAAAGCUUUUAAUAUAAGGUACUUUCUAAUUCUAGCUUUGAAUUUUAUACUUGCUUGUAACAACUAAUGAAAUGCAAUUCAGGAAGCAAUAUUAUUCAUACAGGAUUCUACAGCUACACCCUUAUAAAACUAAUGUUAUUUCGAUAAAAGUGCCCGUGACAAUUUAUUUAAAAAACCUACUAUCAGCCAGUAAAAGAUGGUAAACACCUCUUCAGUAAUAUAUCGGCCAUACAUGAAAUUUUGGAAAAUUCCCAUGAUGUCAUUUACACAAAUCACUUUUAGAAAAUAAUCAGACUUGUUAUUUUCAAUAAAGUGAUUUCAUAGAAAAAUAGCCCAUGUACAGUACAUAAAUUUAACCCCCAGUGUUUGUUAUCAUACUGUGCUUAAAAAGAAGAGUGGAUACAACUGGAAAAUAUUGUUUUGCAAUUGAAAAUUUCUAACUUGGAAACAAAAUGACUGCAUAUAUGAUUCACUGCAGUUGUUGUUUCUAAAGCACAGUUUCUCUGCUUGUUUGGUAUGGACAUGACACAACAUACAUUAUGAAUAGAGUCUGAGUAAAAAUUGCAUCUUGAAACUGAUGACUUGACACAACUUAGACUCUUCCGAAUUUUUCCAAAUCUUGAGUUUCCAAAUGGAUCUUUUUUUUCGGGUUUUGUUUUCUCCGUUACUUUAUGAACACAGCAGCUUUGAUAGGCUAUUAUGCAAAUUUACAAGUAAGUAGAAACGUUUUAAGAACUGGAAAUUGCAGCAACAAUUAGCGACUCAUACAGAGUAUGUUGGCAACUAGUAUAUGGUUACUUGCUGUACAUAUACUGUACAUGAAGGUCAGUGGCGUAAAAUUAUAAUGCCCAACCUGUUUGUUUGCAGUGUGACCAUAUAUGCAAAUUUUUUUACUAAAACUGCUUAAAAUUGGUUGGCUGCCCCCUCCUGUUCUUAAUGUUGCAGUUGUUUAAAGCAGGUGGGGUUGUCUAAGGGCAUCCAACCGGAUCUGGUAAUAAAAUGUACUAAACCUGGUCACACUGUUUGUUUGACGUUUCAGAUUUGAAGAACUUGAUGUUAUUGACAUAAAGUUUCUUCAUGGAUGUGCCAAUCCUACAAUAGCGUUUAUUUAUCAGGUUCGUAAUAUCUUCAUGUCAUCCUGUUUAUUUUGCAGGGUGCGAUAAUUCACAUACUUUUUUGUUUUUAACCAAGUACUAUGUACAGUAGGUAUGUACAGUAAAGUCAAACUUAAAAGUCGCUGUAUAUGUCUUGACAUGAAGAAUUAUUGGACUGAUGGGACUAUGGAAUGUUGGAGUUAAUUGUAGUAUUUGUGUAUGCCAUCUUUACUUCAUUUUAAACACUGAGUACACUUUGAUUCUUAAGUUUGUACAAACUCAAGUACAAGGCAAUCAUUGGAGUACCAGUGAGGUGCGAAUAAAAAUCUUGAAUUAUCGCACCCUGUUUUGGUUUAAUUUUUUGACCAUUGGGCGGAAUUAGAAGAUGUAUGAUCACUAUAUAUCUUGCACGGUAACCCGGCACAACUAAUACCGCGCCAUACUGGUUGUUGACGAAUUAUUGUAAAUAACUUCAACUAAAUAUUGCCCAACUUUAGUUGACUACACUGUAAAUUACAAGGAGUUGAAUCACCUCCAAUUUCACCAAAAACGGUGAAAGAAUAACUCUUUUGCAGUUAAUUCAACUCCUUGUUGACGUAUAUAGCUAGAUACAUAGUGUUCUGUUUUAGGACCCUCACGGUCGUCAUGUUAAAACAAACGAAAUAUCGUUAAAAGAUAAGGAAUUUUCAAAUAUUCCUUGGCAACAGGAAAAUAUUGAAGUCGAGGCGUUCAUGAUUAUAGCAGGUACAGUAUUCUGUUUAAGGAAUUUUCAAAAAUUCCGUGGCAACAAGAAAAUAUUGGAGUCGAGGCGUUCAUAAUUAUAGCAAGUGUACAGUGAUCAGGUUGAUCAAGGUCUUGGAGCAAACUUCGUUAAUAAAUAUCAAUUAAACAAAAACGUUUUCAAACGCAGACGUGAUCUUCGUUAAUGGUGUAGGCAUGCUCUCUUAUUCGUUUGUAUUUCUAAACAGUUUUAGCAAUAGGUUGUUGUAAACAGUGAAAACGGCAGAUCUGAUGAUUGCAAUCAAUGCAAGACUUACAUUUACAUUAUAUGAAGACGAAGAUACAAUUUUCCAUAUCUAUUUGUUUAUCUUUAGUUCCUAAACCUCUUGGUGGUGUAAUAAUUAUUGGUCAGGAGUCAAUAACGUAUCACAAUGGUAGACAGUACCGUGCUAUUGCACCUGCAACACUAAAAGUAAGUAAUUACAUAUAUCACCAGUUUAGCAAACAUUUUACUGUGAUUUUAGUAACAGUCGGACAAUAUCUACUGUAAUAUAAUAAAUGUUGAUAUAUCACCUGCUGUUCGUGGCUUGUACAUUUUUGUCUAUCAACACUAUGUAGUAUAAUUAUCACUUAUUUACUGAGACCGAGGGAAACAGUGUGUUUUGUGGACCCGAGACCGCCGUUGGAGGGGCCACAAAACACACUGCUUUCCCGAGGUCUCAGUAAAUAAGUGUUUUGUUAUAUAGUAUAUAAGUGUCAAAGUAUCAUGAAAUAAUUCACCGGUUAUUGGAGUGAACUUUGAAACCAAAACUAUAUAAAUGGAAUGCCGUAAAUUUUUAAUAAAAAAAGUUUAAUAAAAUGAACUUUGAAACUUCACGGUUGAUACGCAUACGCACUGCACCCAUUCUAUUGUUGACCGGUCAACAAUUGUUUCAUUGUUGACCGUUGCCCUCUCAUCAAAGCAAGCAGUGAACAUGACGUUUUGUGGACCGGCACGUGAUACGGUUUUGACCAAUCGGCAAACAGGAAAAUUGAACUUUGACACUUGCUAUAUAACAAGUUAACUUGUACAGUAUGCAAGGAUAUUUUGUUGUGUUAUUGACUUAACGAAUGUUAAAUAAUGGAAUGUCAGUCAUGUUGUCUAAUCCUUCAAUAUUAUCUUUAUAUGUCAUUGAUGUAAGAUAAUUGUUAAGCUAUUAAUAACCAUACAUAACGUACUCCUCAUGCAGAACAUAUAACAAUAAAGGUCAGUAGUAAAACUAGGAUUUAUUCGGAUAUUGUACUUAAUUGUAGUUCAAUGACAUUCCUCGAGUCCCAAAAGUGAAGCCAACCAAGAUGGCGGAAAUUGAAGAGCUAUUGGACGUCAGUUCCAGUCCAUUUCUAUUGUUUUAGUCUGCGCUGUUAACACGAAGCUGGCAAGAAAUGUGCCGAAAUUUCGUAUUCUGACAUCGAUUUAAAGAAUAACACUAUGGUUUUAUGAACUGAUAACUUGUUAGCAAUAUGGACCGUUAGAAGAAACGGAAUUAGCUGGAAAAAUGGUAUUAAAACUGUUUACGACCUUCAUAGCUAUUGGACGUCAAUUUCCGCCAUCUUGGCUUCAUUUUUCUCAUAGGCCGAAUGACUGAAGUGCAUGCUCCAGAUAUGUAGAGCUCACUGGGAUCGCGUUGCUGCUUUGCGUCUGGCCGCGUGGAUUUACAAACCUGGGUACGAGGCAUUUUUUACAGGACGUUAUUGUUUAAUUCAGUUUUAUUUCUAUUCUUUAGCAAAGUACAGCGACAUGUUACGGUCAAAUUGAUCCAAAUGGCUCGCGAUAUUUACUGGGAGAUCUCGAAGGAAUGUUGUUCAUGUUACUUUUAGAACAACAUGAAGUUAAUGGAAUUAUGGAAAUUAAAGAUCUCAAGUUGGAGGCUUUAGGCGAGGUAUGUGCGCUUUACUGUAUGUAUUCGUUCGAAUUUUCUGCUUACAAUUUUGAUUUUAAAUGUUGCCUUUGACUUGCUUUUAAGUGUAUUUCUUAGUUAGGCAGAGAAUGGAGAUUUCAUAUGUAAUCUUAAGAUAAAUAUUAAUGCCCAGCAGAAAAUACGUAUAAAAGAGCCAUAACAAAAAUAUAGUUUAAAAUAUUUAUUAGAAAGCUAACGUUUCGUCUUUAACUUAAGACAUCUCCAGAGCAAUGACAUACAAAGCGGAAAACAUAGAAAUAUGAAUAAAUUACAACUAUUUACAAGAUAUUAUAUUACAAAAGUAGAAAGAGGAGUGGAUCAGAGUAGAAGUAGAGGGAUCGAACUGCCUUGUAAGUUGAGAGAGGGUUUGAGUUUGUUAAUGAGAAGACCUUCUCGAAUGAGGAGUUCUAUCGCAAGUAUUUCAUAUUUACAGUUUCGUCAUUUACAAAACCUUCACCUGCCGACCAUUCAAAAAUUACAAUCAUAUUAUAAUCCGAAGGUUAGCGUUUUGAAAACCAAGAUACAGGUUAAAACAAGACCUGCAUGAAUGAGUUUGUGAUUCUGUAUUUAGAUUUUAUUGUAAAGUUAUCAUCAGACUAGACCAGCUUUAUAUCUUAGUUUUCUUUUUCAAGCGUAAUGGAGAUUUCGAUUUCAAGGCUUGUUCUUAGGCGUAUUCUUUAGUUUGUCAGAUAGGAGUUACCAGUUUGUUUUGGACGUUUCAUUAUUUCUAGAUUACUGGGCAUGUAUAUAUUAUUUACAAUCUUGACUAAAUGCACUGCGUAAUUUCUUUCAGGUUUCCAUACCUCACUGUUUAGCAUACUUGGAUAAUGGAGUCGUUUUUGUUGGAUCCGCUUUAGGAGACUCGCAAUUAGUUAAGGUAAGAUAAUAUAGACCUGCAUGCAUAGCUUAUACUGUACAUGUACCUGACAUUGUCCAAGGAAACGGGAAACUUAAUCACCCACUCCUAUUGGUCAUUCCUACUAAGUAUCGAGAUGGAUGAAUGAAGACUCCAGUAUACACAGAUCGAUUCUGCGUAGAGAAUAACCUCACCCUGCAUCUCUGCGAAAAUUUCCUGAGCAUUUUGACUUUAUUAGGGUCCACUAAAGUAUAUGUACAAAGUCUAAUUAUAUAAUCAAAUAUGUACGUUAGGUAUUUAGUAUAUACAGCUGUAUAUAUAAUCAUAGGUAGCCCAACAAUCAGUGGUAUUAGAUAUAAUGCUUUUCGUUGGGUGCUGCCGCGCGCGCCAAGUUUCAGAAGAAUAGGGCGAGCUUAAACAGGUGGGAAAUUUGUCGUCGCUGACCAAAAAAUUGCGGGCAGAAACAAAGCUCAUUGCAUUUACAUUCAAAACAAAGCAGAAAGUUAGCAAGAAGCUGUUUCAGCUGACGAUGUUUUGCUUUCCAUUCAACGAUUUACAAAUUAUUGGUUAUUCUUUUAAAUGUCGAUCAUGAAUUCUUUGUUUUGGGAUGAUUGUUUUGUAAUCGCGUGAUUGGAAGAAGUUAAUAUGGCGACGUGAACAUGGGAGUAAAUACCGUAUACGUCGAUCUAUGGCUUGUUUAAAACCGUAAUAAACGAAGAAAGACGUGAUUUGAGAAUGAAAUGUAAGUUGAAAUUAACUUUAUAUGCCUCAAAUUUUCCAUCCUAUGUUUUUUAAUGUAACUUCAGCUGUCUAAGUUCAAAAUACAAGCUCGCGAAAUUUGACAAAUUUUGAAAAUAUGUAAAAAUAGCUUGACUUUGAACUGUAUUUUCUCAAAAAUAGCCCGUGGCCUCAAUUUCAAAUAUAGCUAAAUGAAAAGAAAAAUCUUUUCGGCGUUUGUUGGUAUCAAACAUAUCGUCAGGAAAAUAGGGGCUCACAAUGUUUUGGUUCAGUCUUUGAGACCCAGUUGCUUCGCACGUGUUGUGGUCAAAUUUUUGCCAAGAAUCAAAGGCCGAAAUGCGAAAUUCCUUCAUGAAAACCGCUUCGAGAAGGGUCUAGUUUGAAAAUUUAGCUAUUAAUUUCGAUUUCAUGAGCAUCUUUGGUUACACGUUAAGUAUUUUUGUGCUUGAUGCGAUUCAAAAUUUGUUGUAUAUUCAAGCCCGGCUUUUGUGUAAUUUUGGUGAUGACCGGAACAGAAAUAAAGAUAUUUUAAAAACUGGCCGUGGCCUCACGAUAAAACUUUCUACAAAUGUUCUCUGUUUCAUGUACUUUUAUUUGAUAUCUAAGGUAUAAGCGUAAAAAUAGGGGCUCAUACAGUUUGAGAGGUUGUAAAAUGCAUGACUUGCCUCUAUUUUCAUGUAAACAUUCGAAAUUCUUCGACAGCAAAGUAGCAACUGUUUCAGAUCGAAUGCACACGGACAGCCCACCAGAGACAAUGGCAGGGUACUGAAAUAGAACGUCACUAAAAAAUUCUGUAUGAUUAAUUUAGAUCAUGUCCACUCUUUCAACAUAAAACAGUCAUUUAUUUUGUACAAACAUUUGGCAAUAUUUACACGAUUGUGCCUUUUUGUAAACACGCGUUGCGUGUAUUCCACGCAAUUGCAUGGCUCAUUUUACUUGCGCAUGCUCAGACAAAUUUCCCACCUGUUGCGAGCUUAUUUAAAAAUUGACAUUAAUUUGGUGCAUUCUACACGUUUUUUUUUUCAUUUAAAUUAAAUGACGUCACAAAGCGCGCGCUAAUUAUUAUUACCCAUCAUCCUUUGUGCAUGCGCAAGCGUAUAAAAGGUUUUGACGUAAUAAUGAUCUUUGUCAUAAUUGGCUGACUAUGAGAGUUUUGUACGUUGCGUCUCUCUCGCAGUCAAAAUUCCUGUAUUUUUUAAAAUGGCGUUUGCUGAAUAGCAAAUAAUGUGUCGAUGGUUCAUUCUCAGUUAAACAGAGUUUUGGAAUGUCAAGGGAACAACAAACAAAUUCUUUAAGAAGUUCUCAAAGUCGAAAUCAUGAUCAGAAAAGAUUUGGCUCUCUCACCGAGAGCUCAAUGAUGAAAUUGAAUUAAAAUAAAGCAAAGUUUGAAGAACUAGUACUCGAGUCGGAGCUGUACAGUAGUUGGUGUGAUAUUCCAUAGGAUUUUACCGACUAAAUAAAUGUAGAUGAUAAAAAAAUAAAAAACGAGCGGUAAUUAAAAUUUUUGCGUGGGUCGACCCUCGAAGGACCGAAACCGGAACGAACACUCUCAGACUAGUGGUGAAAGGUUUUUUUUCAAGCAUGAAAACUUGAUAGCCUUUUAGGCAAAUAAAAGUAUUUUUUUGUUAUUUAGUUAGUAAUAUAAUAUGAAUGUAUUUCUAUUCAAUGAACAUCUUCCGGUAUUGUCCUGGUUUCACUGUCUAAUCUCGUAUUCUUUGUUGCUACUAUAUAGUUAAGUACAAAAGCAGAUAAACAUGGCAGUUAUGUGCAAGUGAUGGAAUCAUUUACUAAUCUUGGACCAAUAUUAGACAUGGCUGUUGUAGACUUAGAGAGACAGGGGCAAGGACAGGUAAAGAUUCAUUAACUGCAGUGUAUUUCAUGUCGUUGAUUUUGAUAUUUAUAGACCUUUUUAGCUUACAGUGUUGGCCAGGGGCCGGUUGUAUCAAGCCCGUUUAGCUUAAACGGUGGAUAAGUCAAAAUUAUAUAACACUCUUUUCUCUCUCGUGAAUCAGUCAACUUAAAUAUUGUGCACUAAAUAUGUAAUUGUAAACAUUAUCGUUCUAUUAAGGUUCAAUACUUUUAGUUUGGUUGUUGAAUGAAUCUAUAGACUUGCUUUCUAUUUGGAGCUUAACCACCGUUUAUGCUAAACGGGCUUGAUACAACCGGCCCCAGGUUAAUACAAUUGAAUGUAUAUAGAUACCUUUCCACUAAAAAUUUCCAGAUUUUCCGCUUAAAAAUUUGUUAUCAAUGCCAUGCAUGCUCCUUAGCAUUCUUUAUCGCAUAAUACAGAUUUAUAAUAGCUUAUGAACAUUCAAAAAGGUAGAAUAAGAGCUAGAAUAAUGCUUGAAAAUGGAACAACAGCGAUUCGGUGUUUCAACCUUUUGCUAUACCUUCGCGUGUUUUCUCGCAUCUCAUGUUUUUCGCACCGACCGCUUUGAUAUAAAUGUAUGGGGAUUAUGUAGGUAGCCCAUAGUCGGGCUCUUAUGGUGGAAUUAGUACCCUCGCCAUGGACCUACCGCUUACGCCUUACUGGACUCUCCGCCGCAGAGGCUUUAUGUCACUUUAUUUAUACUCGGAAAAUAUAAGGCAUGGAGGUAACUAGUGAACACGCCUGGGGGAGCCAAUUAUCUGCAUGCCUCAUAAUUUGUCCGCUAAUGGAUUGGGCAAAAGCAUCAUAAAAUGCAUUGCAGAGCGGCAGACAAGCACAUGCACAUACUGUUUUGAUGUAAACUUGACAUUCUGUUUAAUUUAUUUUUUAUUAAGCUUGUCACGUGUUCUGGAGCAAGUAAGGAAGGUUCGCUGAAAAUUAUUAGAAACGGAAUUGGUAUUCAUGAAAACGCGACGGUUGAUCUAGCUGGAAUUAUGGGUAUGUACUGUUCAUGUCAACUUUUAAUUUGUAUCCCAUUUUCCGUGUUCAUUGUGUGGUAUCAUUAGUUUGGAGUAAUUUGUUUGUGGUAGCGUAUACUGUAAAUACUGUUCUAACGACAUGCUGGUGCCAACAUAUUGUAACGUCAGUGGCGAAGCUAGCCAUCGCAAUUGGUCAUGCUAGCCUAUGCUAAUAAACCUUCAUCAAGACAAUAUAUUUCUAAAGUUUUGAAUAAUGCAAAUCAUUAAAAAUUUGCUAGCCAUAGCAUGACCUGUUGGUAUGGCUAGUUGUGCCAAUGGUAACGUGUAUGCUAUGGUAGCCCAACGAAGGGCUAUCAUUCCAAAGGUUGUAGGUUCGAUUCCCACCGUGGGCAGGCAUAUUUUUCAAGCCUGCCCGGUGUGGAUAUACACUCAGAGUAACAUCACACAAGCAUCUUAUUCACCUGAGUACAUUACACCAACACAGCAAAUAUCAUAAUGUAGUUAUUUCUCUCUUUUUUUUCUCAAACAUGUUACUGUAACUGAUUGUGGGUUUUUUAGGUAUAUGGGCUUUGAAAAUAUCAGACCCAGAUUCAGAAUAUGAUGAUACCCUGGUUUUGUCAUUUGUUGGUCAAACGCGGUAAGUCAAAGAGUUUACUAAAUACAGUGUGGUUUAUUUUCAGCGCUGUUUUAGACUUGGACCUCAACGGCUUAAAGACUCCAAACCUCGCUAACUUACGCGAUUAUACUGUACCAUGCAUGCAUGCAUGCAUUAAUAUUGUAAUUGGUCAAAUAUAAUACAGGAUGUCAGUGGCGGACACUUUAUGAAAUAUUGGGGGAGCUCAUGCCGAAGGCACGGGAAAAUUUUAAAACUUGAAUCUCGGAAAUGGCAUUUGCAACAUUCCGAUAACACAUUUUGUAAAAAACUAGGGUUUCAAAACACUGUUUUAAUGGUGCGUUUUGUUAUAAAUCACAUGCUAAGCAUAGUAUAGAAAAUAUUUACAUGAUUAUUUACAUUUGUGAAUGGAAUUGCAAGGUGGUUUAAUUUAAUUAACACGCCAAUGACGAUGUAAAAAAAGAAGUGCCUGUUGUAAAAAGUUGACCCCCUAUAGUAUCCGUCAAAAAGAGUGUAUAAAAUGCGUAUGUUGUGACAUGUACAGAAACAUAUAUUAUAUUAUGAUGACAAUUACGUUAUAUGAGUGUGGUUUGUGUUAUAUAUAAAUUUGGUACAAGAUUUUUACAGUCUUUCAGAAUUAUUGGGCUCAGGCGCCCCAUAUAUUUAUUUAUUUAUUUCAUUGAACAAAACUAGAAUUUUAACAUUGAGUGGUGAAGAAGUAGAAGAAACAGAAAUUGAUGGAUUUGUUGACGAUGAACAGACAUAUUAUAGUGGGAAUGUUUGUAACAAGAAAAUUGUGCAGGUAUACUAUACAGUAUAUCUCACUUUAUAAUAUAGUCAUCCAUUGUAUAUGAGCUAUUCUGUAAUCUGAUUGGUUGACCUACUCGCCAUGUAUCAGCUCAUAUACGACUCGAGCUCGUGGUAUAAUUGUUAAUUAUUGUAAUUCCUUAGUAUGAUUAAAAGAAACCUUAUAAACUCAAACUCUAAGAAUUCUUCUCGAAUGCGACCGAGAUAUUCAAAUAGACAUUUACGCAUUGUUUCAUAAAAUUUCUUUUUGUUAUCUUUGUGUUAGGUCACGUCAAGUUCUAUUCGUUUGGUAAGCUGUGACUCCUUGAAACUUGUCUGGUGAGUGACAUAUUUAUGAUUACUUACCGAAGACUUCUUUAUUCUCCUUAAAAACCAGCAGAAGGAUAAAUGCAGAACUAUUCUGGCUUCAGAUUGAGUCACUAAAAGAUAAUGUAAUAAACGCCACUCUCUAUAAACGCCCGGUAAAAACCAUAAUUUUGUAGUCGUCACCUCUCUAUAUAUUAAAUUAUCCACUAAAUGCCCCCUCGGCCCUUCCCUACAUGGGACCUUUAUUAGAUUCAAUUAAAUAUUUAGUAGUGUAAUGUUGGAGGCUUGGAGCAUAUAAGUGUAAUGCAGUGUAAGCCAUAAAAUGUUUUGAUAUUUGUUCACUUUGCAAACUGCUGUUUAAGAAGCGCAAAAUGUCGUAUUAACAAUAAAAACUCCUUUCUCGUAUACGUUACUCCUUUCUCGUAUACGUUUUUAAUAAAUAUCCAAUUGCGCGUUCAUGAGUAAAAUUUUUCUUCCUACACCAGGCAAAACUUACUAUUGCAAUUGCCAUGCAGAUACAAUACCAGUGCCUUUAAUUAAUGUUUUCAAAGCAAUGACUGUGUAUUUUGUCGUAGUGAGUGGCGACCUCCAAACAGUAAGACAAUCAGUGUGGUUUCAUGUAACAAGAAACAGAUCGUGACUGCCGUUGGAAAAGAUUUGUUUUAUCUCGAGUUUCAAGAUGAAAAUAUCAAUCAAAUUUGGUAAAAUAUUUUAAACACAGUUUUUACGAUAGCACGAGAGAUUUUGACCUCUUUCAUGAGAUGAAUAUAUUCUAGAAUUUCUAGGAUAUUUGCUGAAUUACAAUUUUUUUCAAAUUUUAAUGCAUUGAUAAAUCGUUAUUCACGUAUUUCCUUUACAUUUUCUAUUAAAAUGUCUAUAGUGUGUACAAUAUUGUAAAAAACGUUUCUUUAUGAAUAUUUUGUAGCACCACGACGUUAGAACAUGAAGUUGCUUGUUUAGACAUUUCUCUACCACGUAAGUACAUGAUUCAUUUUAGGAUAUACUUGUUUUGCAGUGAAGGGAAAUGCAGGUUUAAGGGUUUUUGUAGAGAUAUAACAACAUUCUAUUGCAUUACAUUGGAAACGUUUACGUUACAGACUGUAGAGAAAUAUCGACACUCUAGUACAUCGGUCACCUGGAUAUGCUAUAGCUUAAGUGUGAUUUGGAAUCGAUCCGGAGGAUGAGUACCAUUCAAAGUGUUUGGAAAUCUCUCGGGUCCUUACAUUGUUUUUCAAAUUAUUCGAGAAAUCAAGCUUGGUAACUUAAUUUAUACCUGGAGAAAGAGGAGAAAUUGUAUAAAAUUCGAAGGUGCAAUGCGAAUUUUGCUCUAAAAAUCCACAAAGACUCGUCUAACCAGAAUGAGAUUUUUUCUGAAUAUUUUUAGGUGUAAGAUGGUUAAUAUUUUUGGGUUUUCUUAUUUAGAAAAUCCUGACGAGAAAUCCACGUUAUUAGUUGUCGGUUUAUGGACAGAUAUAUCACUGAGAGUACUCAAGUUACCAAAUAUGGAUCAGGUGUGCGUUGAAAACUUGGGUGGAGGUUAGUGGAUAUGCUGAGUUUUGAUCCUUUUGAUUAAAGAUUGUAUAAAACAAGACUUUCAUGUCCCCAUUAUUUUUCGUAAGGAAUACAGUAUAUGUAAUCUUUUUAUAUGUUACGCUACUUUAUAUUUGAAAAAUAUUAGAAUCUAAGGUCACCCCAACAUAUAGGCCCUUACCCUGCCGGGGACUGUUCCCCCAGAACACUGACUUAGUUCCCUCAGGGAUGAUGCACAUGCACCUGCACAAUGGUCGCGCCCCACUCCACGACGAGCGCCUGCUCAGGGCCCAAGCAGUUCUUGAUCAAGCUUGUAGAAUUGCUUGCUUGGUAACAAAAUUUACCUAACUGGUGUUAAGUAGCGGUUAAUUUUUCUCGACAGCGUUCACCUACAUCAUUUCAAUAUGCUAGACGUAUCCCGUACACUUACUAAAAUUCCUAUUUAAUUUACCAUGGUGUAGAAAUCAUUCCUCGGUCUGUUUUGACUGCGAUGUUUGAAGGAAUUAAGUACCUGUUGUGCGCACUUGGUGAUGGAACCUUCUUUUAUUUUAUGAUGGAUAAUUCAGGUACGUAUUUUAUUAAGUUUGUAUUUUCCUAUAAUAAAAAGAGUUUGGUUUGGUUCAUUAAAACACUGCAACGCGCGAUGUAAACUAAAAGAAGGGUUCCAAUUAUUCUUACGCUUCAAUAGCUUGGGUGUGUAGACAACAGGCCUUAUGUCAAGAUGCUGGGAAAUUACUGCACAAUUCUCUCUCUGCGUAAUUUCCCGCAGGAAAUUACUUCCACUGGACUCACGUCCUUCAUUACGCACUAUACCUAAUUACCUUAGCGACGUUAUCGAAAGAGUGCAACAAGCCAACAAAGAGUACUUUCUAUCAUCUACCCUGGUUGUGGCUGUAUACACGGACUGCUUAAGUUACAGUAUAGAGCAAUUUACAAACUCUCCACGCUAGACGAGACGAAGCUUGUCCUAAACUGUUUAAGAGCAUCGACAGCAGCCCGAAUCGUAAAGUUCAUAAUCUACUUCUAACAAGAAUGGUCCAGCAUCAUUUUUUGAGAAAUCAUCGUGAGUUUAUGAUACCAACGUGAAUAGAAACAUAUUUUUAAACACUUGUACUAUCUUCUGCAAAUGAAAUGAAUAGGUCACAAAAGUAGAGUUAAUAUAGUGAUUAUUAUUAGAGCGACAAUCCUUCAGUUCUUUUACUGUUUCUUAGAGUAGCAUUAUAUGUAGUUUUGAAACGUUUUACAAUGUUCCAAUUUUGAAUUACCUAAUCUAUUACAUAGAAUAAUUAAAUGUGUAAAUUGCGUAAUUCAGCCAUAUGUUAUGGCUGCGAUAUAAUUUUUUAAAUGAACCUAUCUAUUAUUAUAUCUAUUAUAAUUAUUUGAUAUGCAUUCAAAAGCUGUGAUUUCGAGGUUCCUUACAAGGAUUUUGUAUUUGAAAACUUGGAAAAUAUAACGAGCACCGCUUACAGCUAGAAACGUUAAAUAGCUGCAGGAAAUUUGGUCAAGUUGAAGAUUUGACAACUUGAAGAUUUUCAUCCUGACACUCGUAUCCAACUAUGGGUCCAACAACUUGACCGACGUUUCGCCGUGAGUUGAAAACCAUAGUCAGCUACAGUAUAUAAGACAUGUUCAGACUCAGAUAAAAUAACAGUAGGUUUUUAGACAUUUUAUUGUUUAUAUUUUAAGGUUUGUUAUCCGAGAAGAAGAAAGUCACACUUGGAACUCAACCUGCAGCACUCAAGACAUUUCGUUCUCUUUCAACUGUUAAUGUUUUCGCGUGUUCCGAUCGGCCAACUGUCAUUUAUUCCAGCAACCAUAAACUGGUCUUUUCUAAUGUAAAUCUUAAGGUAAGCAUCAAGACAAUUUUAGCGCAAGAUAGUCCUUUGCUAAUGCCAAAGUAUAUUAACCUAAGGAAAUGUUAGUAAGUAUAUUUAUUGGGUGAUCCAACCUGAAACUGGUCAUGUCUGUAGGGAAUAAGAAGGUCAAUAAAGUGAUAGUAGUGUGGUGUUGCACUCAAGUUACGUAACGAUAGAAUGUCAAAAUUAGGAAAUACUUCGAAAAGGAUUUAUCUCUUAUAAAUUUCAACAGGAAGUUGGAUGUAUGUGUCCUCUUAAUACCCAGGGAUAUCCACAGAGGUGAGUAGAUUAUCUUUAAACCAAAAUGUUCUUUAAUUUUCACAUACAUGCAUUUCGCUUAAAAAUAACAAGAUUUUGUCGUUUUCCUGAUCUCUAACAGUAUUCUUUUUUGUCGUAGUUUGGCGUUGUCGAAUGCAAAUUCGCUGACAAUUGGAACAAUUGAUGAGAUUCAAAAACUUCACAUUCGAACAGUUCCACUUGCUGAGUCACCACGGUAAGUACAAUUCAAUACACAGUUAUUCAAACGUGGAGAUUUGGCCGCGUUGUAGAUAAAGAAACCGUCGAUGUAGAUACUUGUUUUAUACUAAAGUUCCCUGUUGUUUAUUUUCGGGUGUUUGUCCUUGUUUUAACUAGUACGUUCAGGUUUUUGUCCUUGCUUUAACAUAACCAAAUUAUGGCACAACCAUGCAACCGUAAAAUCAUUGAAGUAAGAAAAUUAACAACUAAAGAUUAUGAUCGAAGCUCUCACAAGCGAGUUUAAACGACUUGAAGCAGGUCUCAAAAGUCACGAGUCAGGCAUUGCGAAGUCGAAAGAAAAUCACACCUCUCAGAUGCUGAAACAGUAAAAAGCCUGGAAUUUAUGAGUCAUGCAUGAAUACGACGAGUUAAACAAUUUCCGUGCCAUUGCAAAACAAAAAUUAUCAGCCUUGAAUACUAGACUGAGCAAAUCUCUUUGGCUCUGAGCACUGAACUACGGAGUCCAGUUGCCAAAAGCUAUUUGACAAAAUGCCUAAAGUCUAGAAUACUAGCCCGACUACUAACCAUCUUAACAAAGGGAAUUAACACAUCACCAGUGAUUUUGUAGUAAAUUGAAGAUAUUUUAUUUCAGUCGAAUAGCUUAUCAAGAGAGUACUCAAAGUUUUGGUGUCGUGACGGUCAGAACAGAACUUCAAGAUUCAUGCAGUAGUGACUCCCGCCCAUUACGGAACAGUGCCAGUCUUACAGCACAUAAUGUCACUAAGAGCAUAAUAGGUGCUAUAGCAAGUACAGGGUCCACACAGCCUGAUGGGAUUACAUUUGGAAAUGAUGUGGAAUGUGGAAGUUUUCUUAUCAUUGAUCAACAUACUUUUGAAGGUAGAUUGCUCCGUUCCCUUAUCUAUAAGCUAAUGUAGAGAACAAGCGUACUGUAUAUAUUCAUGGAACAAUCAAGCAAAGCAUUACAAACGGAAUGGAAAAUUACUGAUGCAUCUGCACCUUUAGGGCAUAAAAUUUAUAUUCAGUCAUUUGCAAGAAUUUAAUUUUUGGUUCACUUUUCUCUUAAACCUCACCCAUUUUUCUAUGCCUAUAUCAGUGUAGUCUAUUUCAUAUAAUAUCAUGAUUGCAGGUAUUCCCUUUGUUCUCGCAGGGCAAUUAAUAACUAAUACACCUCACCCUCAUCGAGCGGCGCCCAAGGGAAUUAUACUAAACGACCCUCAUCGGGCGGGACGUUUUAAUAGCUAAUUCGCUUCUUUUUAUGCUAUUACUUAUAAAUCUCCAAUGAUAGCUUGAAACCGUUUGAGGAUUGGUCAUUUAACUUAUAUAUUAUGUUUUCCUGCUGAUGAUUUCCCCACAUAAUUCGUUGUCUAGUUACACAUGCUCAUCAUUUGAAAGAAAUGGAAAGUCCAGUGAGUCUUAUCUCCUGUACGCUAACUAAUGAUUCACAUCAAUAUUAUUGUGUUGGUACUGCAUUUGUUCAUCCCGAGGAAGCUGAACCGAAGAGUGGUCGGUUAAUUUUAUUUCAUCUUGACGACGGUGAGACUGAUUUUCGCUAUACUACUAUAUUUUAGUACUAGUACUGUAGUAGUACUGGUACUUUGGCGGGAAACAUCUUCACCUUGCAUUUGCAUUUUCCCGACAAAACUUGCACGAGCCCACAGUCCGUAUGUCGUGUAACGAUACACUGGUGUCCACUAAACUGCAGUCUAGGCCUAAUUUUUACCGUUGGAAAUAGUGUAUGUUGUUUGGUUUCGAAUUUAAAACGUAGUAUAAAAUAUAUGUAAUAACGUAUCGUUUUGGUUUGUAGAAACACGACUUAAAUUUAUUAUUCGCAGAGUUUUCGAUGUAUAAGGCCGGAUUUUCUUCAGUGUUAAUAAUACAGGGUGUAUAAAAAAAAAACUGAACAGAUUUGAAAUUGCUCUCAAUUUCGCAAAACACCUAUUUGUAGCUGUUUUUUAUAUAUAUAGCUUCUUUGGGUACUUAUAAUGUAAAAUAAUGAAAAAAAAUUCUCGAACUCAAAUUCUGUGAACCAGGGGGGGGGGGGUGUCUUUCCCAACAAACUAAAAAUGGCUCGCGCACAAAAUUUAAAAGCUGUAAUCAUAUUUUGAGUUAAUAGAGUGAAAAUUUGUCGGGUUUUUAAUUACUGUACAAAAUUUCAGACAAUUUGGUUUAGUUUAAGCCGUUUAACUAUUCAUUUUGUUCUAAAAAGUCAGCCUUUCGCACGCUUAAUUAAUGCCUUUACCUAAUUUGCAUAUUGCUGACAUAUGCAAAUGAGGCAAAGGCAUUAAUUAAGCAUGCAAAUAGCUGAUUUUUCGGGAAAAUUGUAACUUUGCGUGAAUAGUUAAGGGGCUUAAACUAAACCAAAUUGUCUGAAAUUUUGUACAGUAAUUAAAAUCCCGACAAAUUUUCCAUCUGUUAACUGAAAAUAUGAUUGCAGCUUUUAAAUUUUGUGCGCGAGCCAUUUUUAGUUUGUUGGAAAAGACACCCAGCCCCCCUGGUCCACAAAAUUUGAGUUCGAGAAAUUUUUCUCAUUAUUCUACAUUAUAAGUACCCAAAGAGGCCAUAUAUAUAAAAAAACGGAUACAAAUAGCUGUUUUGCGAAAUUGAGAGCAAUUUUAAAUCUGUUCAGUUUUUUUUUAUACACCCUGUAUAUGACUUGUUUAGUUCACACAUCUCGUUAUAUACCGAAAGCGUCGCGAAAAUAUUAAAUUUACGUGGCAUUUCAACAAACCCAAACUGAUAUUAUUAUUCGCCAUACAAAACUGCCAGGAACUUAUUAUGUGUACUAUUGUUUCAUAGUUUCCAUGUCUUUCCUUACACCAGGUAAGCUAACGCAAGUGGCUGAAAGAGAAGUCAAGGGAGCGGUUUACUCUCUGGUAGAAUUUAACGGCAAAAUUGUGGCUGGAAUUAACAGCACGGUAUGUUCAUAUUUUAUUAUCACGUACUAAGAAAUGAAGAAAAAAUAAAAUGCAUCUGCAAGUAUGAUGAAAAAAUUUGUGUGGUGCAAUGUGUGUGUGCUGUAUACUACCUUCAUACUAUAGUCGCAUAAGAAACCGGGCUGCAUGCAUGCAUGCGACUUUUAGUUGAGGUUUGGCGCCCUGAAUUUAGGUCUUUUGAUGUAGCUACUUCAAAUCUCUCUGUUCGGCUGAAGGUUUUUGUCUGACUGAUAAUACUACACAUAUAAAUACAAAUAAUUGACCGAAUUCCAAUUUCGAUGAAUAUGUCUGAAUUACUAUUACUGUGAAUUUGUCAUUUUAGUAAUAGAGGUGUCCCUUAAAUUUACUAUGUCUAAAUGAUAGAUCAUAUAACGUCCCACACUGUCCUUUCUGUAACGUCCUGCAGCUAUAAUUGUUAGCUGGAGGUUUUUCCGUGAAAGGUAAAUUAAUCACCAGAAACAUCCAUAUAUAGCCAUAUAUAAUGGACUUCUUUUUGUAUUCUGCUUUGGAUGACACUGGUAACAUUAACGCUUAAAUUAUCACGAUUUAAUGUAAUUAUCACAAGAACGUUGGCUAGGUCAUGUAAUCUCACUAUAGUCUGUACAUGUUGUAUACAAACCUCUGGUCAAACAAUAAGUAAUAGGAAGUUCUGAAGCAUGGGAAUUAGAGAACCAGUGGUUUGCAAUGCAAAUAGUCAAUUUGUAUUGCAAACAAACAACAUUAAUUACUGUUCACAAGGCAUUUUGGGUAUUUCACAAUCCAUGUUUGUUUUCCUCUCUGGAGUGAAGAGUUUGCGAUGAUUUGCGUCUUUUUUGAUCCGGCCUAAAACAUAUAUUUUUAUUUAGGUGAGUGUGUUUGAAUGGACCAGUGAAAGUGAACUGAAAGUGGAGUGUAGUUUUCAUAAUACUGUCUUAGCACUUUAUCUCAAAUGUAAAGGCGAUUUCAUAUUGGUAAGCAUUUUCGUAUGUAUAUGCUAUAAGAUUGCAUUAUCUCUGAGUGUAGCAUAGGCAAACUCUCAUGCUCAAUCUGUACUUUUAUCCUUUACCUCAAAUGUCAAGGUAAUUUCUUAUUGGUAAAUCAGGGCUCAAAAUAACGGCCGGUCCGGUCAAUGACCGGCCACAUUUUUAAUAUGACCGGUCAAAUUUGUAUGAUUGACGCCGGUCAUAGUGACCGACCACAUAUAUUGGUUCUGGGAAAAAGAUUGAUUUUUGUCCUGUUGUGGACCCGUUAAAUAUUGUGUUAGUUUGUAAGGAUUUUCUUCGUAUUAUACUUUUCAUUCGAAUUUAAGUUGUUGAAUUUCUUAUGCCGCCAACUGUUACAGUAUACGUUUAAAGUUUAUAUUUAAAACUUUAAUUGUGUUAGAAUUAUACUGCGUGCAUCUCGGCAUCCACAGAAUCGACAGUCACAAUUUAUUGAAGUUGAGAGCGGCUCGAGCCGAAAUUUGACCGGUCACAAUUGGAACUGACCGGUCACCAUGAUCGGCGUAACAUGAAACGUUAUUUUGAGCCCUGGUAAAUGUAUAUUUGUAAAAUUAAUAUAAUCUACUUAAUUACAGUAUUGCUAGGUGUUAGUAUUUCCUAACGCUAAUCAAAAGCGGAUAAAAUCUAUUUUAAUGAGGUUAUGCAAUAAGCAAGGUUAACAACAAGGUAACAUAGCGCGCGGAGCAUGGGCCGAACCUAGGCGUUAAAGGCAGGAAGCACAACAGGCGUUGCCUUCAUCAUUGUGAGAAGCGCAGCUUGACAAGCAGUUGUAAGCGCAAGCUAGAAAAAAAUGUUUUCUUGUCACUCUGAUUCUUAAUUCUUCAUCGUUUGUUUGCGUUCCACCGAGUAACUCGGUGUGAUAGGUGCAAACGGGUGGUCAGGUCAAUACUUGGAAGCUUGACCUGAAUCCAAGUAAUGGUAAGUAUCUGGUAUACAAACGGCAGGCCUCCCACCCAAUGCACCUAAUCAUCCACACGGGUAAGUUGUACAUGUAUGUUACCGAAGGUGUUAAAUGUGAAAUUUCGAUGUUUAUAACGAGCAUCUGAGGAUUUCAUUUUGCUCAGGCUGAUCAAAUAAUAAAGUCUUGUAAUUGCUAACCAUGAAAACCAUGAUAACCAUGAAAAUUUUACCUGAGAAUCUGGGACUAUUAUGAGUUGCGAAUGUCAAUAUAUACUCCACAUGCAGUAUUUGAAAUGUAUAAACUGCCCUGCCAGUAAUUCCAUAUCUUGGUCAGGGAUCGAUCCAGCCAGGAGGAGAGGGGGUUGCUCAUCGACACCCAGUGAAUCCAUCCCCCACCCCAAAAAAACUACUUGCCCUGGCAGGUUUCAGGGGCAUUAAUGUGGUAAUGGUGAUAGGAUAUUGCAUUUCCAUAUCGAUAAAAUGAAUCCCCCACCCCCAGUAAGUCCGUACCCCACCCCCAAGUAAAUCCACCCCCAGUAAAUCCAUCCCCCACCCUCAGUAAAUCCAUCCCCUACCCCCAGUAAAUCCAUCGCUGAACUUGACUGAGAAAAAUAUAUAAUUAAUCUCUUUUAAGGAUGAAAACCAUCGCCUUUAUUCUAACGGCUAAAUUGUUGUUUGCGGUUUGUACAUGUAGGUUGGUGAUCUAAUGCGGUCUGUGAGGUUGUUGCUUUAUAAACCUGUUGAAGGAUCUCUAGAAGAGGUAUUUACAAAGAGCUGGAUAAGCAAUUUAUAGUAAAAUGAAUUUAUUGUGUUAUAAUUACUAUUUAGAAUUAAAUUGUAAUGAAAGCAAAAUGAAUUAGGGUGGGACUCUUAAGCCUAGUUUCCAUUUGGUCGUUAGUUGUCGCUGGCACGACAAGUAGCUGAUGUAAUAGAGUGUCAACAAAACUUUAUAAAACUCUGCAAUCAUUAAGACUGAUUUGCAUAUAACACAAAAAGACUUUAUUAUAUUAGACUAUUUCACAUCUACCGCUUGUCGUGCCAGCGACAACUAACGACCAAAUGGAAACUAGGCUUUAGUUGAGAUUUGGUGUCCUGAAGAUAUUUUGAUGUACUUCAAAUCUCUAUGUUACUGUUACUGUGACUUUAUCAUUUUAACAAUAUAGAUGUACCCUUAAUCUACUGUGUCUAAAUCAUAGUUCACAACGGCCCACACUGUCCUUUCUGUAACGUUCUGCAGCUAUCGUUGUUAAUAGUUAGUGGUAUAUCCUGUUUAUUAUGGCGAUAAAGUGUGAUGUUUAUUAUGGCGAUAAAGUGUGACCAAUCAAAUUGCUAAGAUUUGUUUUUCGCUUCGCGCGAACAAAUUCGCCUAGUGGAAAAUGAGUUUAACGGACUAACAAACCCCCGCCGUGAAUAUAAAGCGUUGUGUCGUUUGGGCAGCGCAAUUACAGUGAUAAUUUGUCCUGUGCUUACAGAUUGCACUAGAUUACAGUCCCAACUGGAUGAUGGCAAUAGAAAUACUGGAUGAUGAAACAUUUCUUGGAAGUGAAAAUUCUUUUAAUUUAUUUACUGUUCAAAAAGACAGCGGUUCCACGACUGAAGAUGAACGCGCAACUUUACAAGACAUUGGAAAAUAUCACCUGGGAGAGAGUGUAAAUGUUUUUAGGCACGGUACGUUUAAGCCUGGUUCACACUAGCAAUUUUGUCGGCGAUUUUGUGUUUCUGACGGAUGCAAAUGAGUGAACUCGCGCACAAAAGUAUAGAGUCGGUUUUCUGAAGUAAACAAUUCCAAGUCGUUUGCAUGUCGUUCUUUCGUUCACAUUUGCCAGGAGGAGAAAAAUCGCCGACAGAAUUGCUAGUGUGAACCAGGCUGUAUUCUAUGGUGCAUAGGCGGAAAUUCUGUUUUUGUGUUGACGGAAGGGUAGAAAAUCGAGUGGAAGAUCUCUCCAUUGUCCAUGAUUGAAGAAUCCAGCAAAAUUUCCCAACAUCAUUCCGACCCUCAAAUAUUUUGUAUUCUAUUUAUAAUUAACAGUUCAUCGAUCUAAUCUGGUUUCUAACCGGUCUAACCAGGCAAGCGUGAUGCACGUGGGCUAAUGUUGUGAUUUAUUAAUGAAUAUGUGCAUGAGGGUAAUGUUUAUUAUAGACCCAUUGCGGUUGACCUAAACAUGGGGUCAUGCAUGAUAUCUGGAGGAUAAUUUGAAAUGAACCACCACUACUCAGGAGAGGGAAUAAUGAACACCAGUGUCGUUCAUUACAGUGGCGAACACGUCGCGAAAUAUUGGGGGGGGGGGGGAGCUAAUUUGAUUUGCCAUUUUAUUUCCACCCUUUUGUUGCUUGAUAUUUAUGGUAUAGAUUGUAUUAGUAUAGGUAAUCAUGCAAUGGCGAGUACUAUUAAUCCCUAAUUCUACGAGCAACAUUGCAUGAUUACUUGUUUAUUAUUAGCAUGACAAAAUUGGAUACUUCUCAAUGUUAACAUCAUAUAUUCUCUCGCCAAAGCCCAGUCCUGCCAGAUUUUCAACCAAAAUUUGGUGCUUUUGUCCGUAUUUUCAUUUAGUUCUUUUGUUAAAGCAAAAUUUGGUGCUUUUGUUCGUAUUUUCAUCUAGUUCCUCUAGGGCAAUUUCAUUUCACAUUUGUGUUCAAAAUACCUUUCCGCCAUUUUGUUUGUUUUGGGAAAAUCAUUAAUUGUACUGCAGUACAAUUAAUGAAAUAAUUGUACUCCUCCAUCAGCAUCCAGUAAUUUUCUCAUGCUAAUAAUAAUAAAUGUAACUUGUUGUGAUAUUAUAAAUUCCAGGCUUCACUACGGUUUGCUUGUUUCUGGGACUGCAUGCAUGCAGGCUACCUGUUCUGCUAUUUGAACGUGUAUUUUUUCUGUUCUCAGGAUCUCUGGUAAUGGAACAUCUUGGCGAAACGUCCAAUCCAUUUCAGGGAACUGUCUUAUAUGGUUCUGUUACCGGAGCAAUUGGUAAAUAUAUUAUGUACAUAUUUAUCAACGUAUAGUUCUAGGUAACGAAGCGAGGUAACGCAUGAGUCGUUUUACCGAGUGCCGUUUUCUGCUUAUUUUGCGAGAAAUUAAUGGACAGUAGGCAAUAUUCACCUGAUAAUUAUUUUGUUGUAAAUUUCCAUGUAAAAUGUUAACCGCCUUCUUCAGUACGUUUGGAGAAUUUGUUUGAAGAUUGCCAUCAUGGUGAUUGUAUUUUCACUGUGAUGAUUUAUAAAUCGAUCAGGUUAUUAUAAUAUUUCCACUCUGGGUGGAAUAUAAACAUUGCGAAAGGCAAAAAAUGAUCACAAUCUUGUUGAUUAUUUUAUUUGACCAUCUUGAUAUUGUUCCUAUAAUUCUUUGUUUGCAAUGACGUAAUUUUGGGAUUUCAGUUGAUGGGCAGGUAUAACAAAAAAGGCUAUUUUAAUGUAUUGAUCGAGUUUAGAGACAGUUUAAGACUCAAAAGAUGAAUUACCGUUCAGUUUUUCUUGCUACAACUAUUCUGAUAGGAGAGAAAUCGUCCACAAGUUGUUUGAUUGCCCGUCAUUUGGAUGAAAAGUCACGUGAUUGCAAUAAAAGAAUAGCUGAUGUUGAUAAAAUAGAGGGAUGUACAUAAUUGUUGCGUCAGCAGUUCUUGCUUGAAAUCAAGAAUUUUACAGUUUCAUGUUCGUGUUUUGAAACAAGCACGUGUCACUGCACGGUUACAGGUAAACUACGUGAAGCGUUCCUCUUUUGACUUCGUAACUCAUUUGGAAUUUUCCUCAUUAGCUUUGCAAAUUUGAAAAACUCUUUGCAAAUCCCUUGAGGGAAUUUGCAAUGUUCCUAUCGGCUGUUGCAAUAUUCCAAACUUCAUUUAAAAUUUUCCUAACUUCCUGUUUUAAUUUCCUAACUUCCUGUUCUGUUCUGAGCGUUGUUAUUGGUCGAUUAUUUUUGUUAGCCAAUUGCAACGCCCAGAACAGAACAGGAAGUUAGGAACUUGUAACAGGAAGUUAAGAACUUCUAACAGGAACUGAGGAAAAUUUUUUUGGCUUUUAGCAACAUUGCAAAUUCCCUCAAGGGAUUUGCAAGGGAGUUUUUUAAAUUGCAAAACUAAUGAGGAAAAUUGCAAUCAAUUUAGAAACUCAAAAGAGGAACGCUUCACGUAGUUUACCUGUAAGGUAAUAGCCAUCGUCUGACGAUAGGUAUUACCGAGACUUCGUAAUUUGAGAAUCACGAAACCAGAUUCAUGUAUAUGGAUUGUUGUAUUCCCUGUAUAUAAUACUGUAUAAUCAUGCUUAGAUUAUGUUAUGGCAUAAGUUUAUGUUUUUCGUUUCAGGCAUUAUAGGUCAAAUAACGCAUGAUUUAUAUGAAUUUCUUCUACAAUUGCAAACUCAGAUGAAUAAAGUUAUAAAAAGUGUUGGUAAAAUAGACCAUAGCUUGUAUCCUUUUUUCAUGUGGGGUAAGAAUAUCCUGAAGAACCAUUUCCGUCUGUUUUGUGGCCAGCAAUAUAUGCUUUCCCCUCUUGUUACUCAAACCAAUAUGUCUUCUCCUCGAUGUCUUCAUCUCCAGUACGAACAACAUCUAACUGAACUUCCAAAGAGAUUUGUAAAACUAAUCAGUUACGUGCGAUCGAACCUCUCCUUACCGACACCAUUCUGAUACCGACAGCCUAGCUCUGAUACCGACAGCCUAGCUCUGAUACCGACAGCCUAGCUCUGAUACCGACAGCCUAGCUCUGAUACCGACAGCCUAGCUCUGAUACCGACAGCCUAGCUCUGUUGCGGAUACCUCUCUAUUAGGGACAGCUCACUGUUACGAACACCUCUCUAUUAAGCCUGAUAAGCAUGAGCACAAGCACAUGAGGGAUUAAACGUAUUGAUUUCUUAUGUACUGUUCUCACUACGACGCAAAAGAAUACUAAAACGUUGCGUUCUUAUCCUUAUGCUUAUGUUGUUAUUUUUGCUUGCGCUUUAUCUUGCGUUGUAGUGAGAACAACACACGCAUAAGAACGUCAAAGCGUUCCGCUUGCUUGGGCUUAUGCUGGCGUCGUAGUGAGGACCAGGCUUAAAUACGAACUGUUUCCUAUCCUAUGUCCCGACGUACCGGUACAUCAUUUUCUUUCCAAUUUCAUGUGGUUAUUGCAAACUUGUUUGGUUGUGGCAGGAGAGCACAUUCUUUCUUCCUUAUCUUACUUCUCUUUUGCUUUAUUUUUCUUGACACAAAUUAUAAUAGUUGGAGAUCAUUCUCCACAGAGCGUAAAAUAGAAGAAGCAAAAGGAUUUAUUGAUGGGGAUUUAGUAGAGAGUUUCUUAGAUCUUCCUCGAGCUCAAAUGGAAGAAGUGGCUUCAAAUCUUCAGGUAGUUUAAACUUUUCAACUUCAAGUUUAUUUCGCACUAUGGAACAACAAAAGUGUUAGUUGGUUGGUGGGCUUAUACUAUACACCGUUGUUGUGUAUACGCAUGAUCCUUUACAGAUAUUUCAAAAAAAUAUUGUCCUAUCUAGGCCUUACAGUUAGUACAAUCAUCGUGGAGGAAAGCCCAAACUCAUGCCCGGUCAAUUUUGGUAGAUAAACGUUUAGUUAUAUGUUCCUUAUUGUUUCAGUGCACGAGUUUUGAGCAUAAAUAAAACUUAAUUCCUACGGUUACGUGACCAGUCACGUUUAUUUCAGACCAGAGCGAUGUUGAAAAUCUAAAUUUAAACAUUUCGACUUAAAGCUUAGAUUCUGGCAAACCUCGAACUGAACGAUCGCAAACUCUCAAAAUUCGAGAAAAACGUUAGCCUUUGCCAGUAAAAAACAACAUUUCACUAGCAAACGUUUGUGAGUAUGGACUUAAUUCGGGUAAAUUGAGCAAUCAAACGUUUCAGAAAUGUGAUUUUUAUUUGCGAGCCUCUGACGACCGAAGAACUGAGCAAUUUAUAGCCUAGGUAGACCCUUGUUCUAGUAGUUGUAGUUAUAUGACGUCAUCUUGAAAGGUUUAUACUGCACGACCUGCCAUUUCCACUGUACAUGCAUUAUUGGCAAUUUUUGCUUUGCUAUUCAUGUCUUAACAGGUUUCUCACGAAAGUCUGUUUUGUAUGUUAUUUUGUAGAUCGAGGAAGAAGGAAUGAAACGUCAGGCGACUGUUGAGGAUUUAGUAAAACUUGUUGAAGAUCUCACCAGGAUACAUUAACUUUCAUUUUCUCUGGGUAUUACGUUAUGGAAGUUCCAAUAAGCAUACGGCCAUCUUCCUAUGCCCAUGGUGAAACGCAUAACCCGAACAUAAACAACAACUGAGAAUUCAGCAUGUUGGACGUAUAUGUCAACAUGUAGUUAAAAACUUUAUUGAUUUUCUUAAAACAUCCAAAGUCGCGCUAUACCGUAGAGUAUAACAUAUUCAUGAACAGCGAUGCAUACUAUGGAUUGAGGACAUUAUUCACGAAUGAACAUCAGACAUGCUUGUACUCGCUUGUCUCCAUUAGGUGCAUGACUUUAGACAAGAGAAAUCAGCGUUGGCCGAUCACGUGUGUCAAACAACACACGAGACUGCAUAGGAAGACCCGCCGGUCAUUACCAGAAACAAUCGUUGGGGUCACCGUCAUGCAGAUGACGUCAUCAACCAAGUAUAAAACGCCACGUUGCGACUAAGCCUGGUCCUAAGGCCUUCUAUGUAUAUUUCAAAGCUUUUCCACAUGAAAAGACUGGGACCUGGUAAAACACCCUAGGUCUAGGCGCUAGGGCAAAAUUUGUCGGAUUCAGUACGAAUCCGGGAUGUUUUCAUUUCGGAUUCGUUUUGCCGUUUGCACUGCUAAGCAUAGGCUACGUCAUGGACUCUAGCUCGAUUGGCGAAGCAAUAGCCUACGUCGUAUAAUGAGCAUGAACCCGAUACAAAAUAGUUAGAAUAUAAACCCAGAUGCUUUUACGAAUUCGGAAACUUUUACUUUUAGUGUAAACAUAGUCUUAGGUCGCCCCUGAUGAAGACACUAGUCUGAAGUGUCGAAACGUUGGGUCUGAAAAAAAUAUCUGAUGCGCGAAAAAAAUGUGUGACAAAUUUCAAAUGCUUGCAUAAGGUAGACCGUUUGAAAAGUUAUGGGGUGGGCAGGAGGUGGGAAAAAAACUCAACGGAAAACAAACAAGAAAUUCGUGCAGAGGUAAAAUUUCGGCACAAUCAGACGGCCGGGAAAAAAUUCGUGCACGCUCAAAGCCCUCCCCCCCCCUCUCCCCCAUCACUUUUCCAAUGAUCCUAAGAGGGAAGAGCCUGCGAACGAUGUUCAGUUUAAGGCAUGCAAAAUAAAUGUACAGUGUUUAAAAAUGUCCGAUCGCGCAUUAACAGACAGAAUUUUUUGUGGCGAUGCUAUAUAGGCAGCUCAAAAAUGCGUGUUUUUUUCUCUUAUGAAGCUACUUAUGUCCAUGGGAACAAGGUCGAUUUAUGUCUUGAAACGUUUUUAAGCUUGUGCGUGAAAAUAUUCCACGCUCGCGUUUGCGUUCACGAGUCUACUUUAUCUAAUAUUAAAUAGAUCAACCUCGUUCCAAGGGUGUAUUAGACAUACUCAGGUUAGCACGUUAACCAGUUCUGAUUGGUCUAGGGUUCUUCCAUCACACUGAGGUUGCUGAGGUGAGCAACAUCGAAUCUUUAAUUUCGAGAUUGACCUCAACUGCAAUGGGUCUGUUCGUAUUGUUCCGUAUUUGGCUGUUAAUAGUGAUAGCGCGCCUAUAAUUGAUAUAAAUACUGCUUUUAUUUUUGAUGGAGUGAACCGCCAAAUUAUUUUGUCUUACACUUGCAGGAUUCUGCUCUUCACGUUGAGACCGGUGAUUGUAAAGACAGAAUAGCCGUGCGGAGUGACUGGAAUUGAUUAGGUUUGGGUUAGGAGACUUACAAGGUUAGGAGAUAGGGUUAGGAUCCUUGCUUUUGCCAGGGUUCUCUCCAGCUCGCGGCCAGCACAUAAGGGAACCCUUGGGUACGAGGUUGGGUUAAGGAUUAGGAUUGGGGUUAAAAAAUGUCUCGGAAUUUGCGUUUGUAUGCCAUUCCACCUUUUACAUGGGACUAACCACUGAGCUAUUUUGCUCUCUCUAUUUUUUUUUUAAUCUGGCUUCGAAACUUAGUAACUUACCGUGUCUAGAAAAAAUAAAAUGCAUUUUUUUCGAUUCAU